GUAAUGUUAGGGGUUGGAAUCAGUCUGGCAUUCCAGUGAAGGUUCAUGCCAGAACCCUCCCAAAUAACCGUACCAAAACUCAUCAAGUGUGGGUUGCUAAAAAUCCUUCAACUGUUUUGCCUUUUGUUCUGUCUCUCAGGACUUCCUUGAAAGGUAAAUGGUAUCUAGGCAGCGCCUGCUCUAGACACAUGACUGGUGAACCUUCUUACUUGAUGAACAUUCAGCCCAGUUCAAAUGGGGAAGUCAUGUUCGGUGACGGAGUGAGCAAUAAGGUUAUUGGAGCUGGCUGUUUAAAUUUGGGUGGAAUACCUAAACUAACUGAUGUUGAAGGUUCUUGUGUACUUACAGGUUCUCGUUCAAAGGAUAACUGUUAUCUUGUUGAUUUUAAUGAAAAAUGUCUUCUCUCAAAUGUGAGCGAACCUGAGAUAUGGCAUCAAUGCUUAGGGCAUAUUGGAUACUCUCACCUUGUCAAAUUGGCCAAUGCAGGUGUAGUCAGGGGUGUUCCAAAGAUUGCUGUGAAGGACCAGCCAAUUUGCGAACCUUGUCAACUAGGUAAGCAAACGAGGACAUCAUACAAGUCACUGAACCAUAUUGCUUCUAAACAGAUCCUAGAGCUUCUUCACAUGGAUCUCAUGGGUCCCAUUCAUGUAGAAAGCUUUCAAGGUAAAAAGAAUAUUUUUUUGUGCGUUGAUGAUUUCUCUCGAUAUACUUGGGUUGGUUUUUUACGUGAGAAGUCUGACACAUUCUCUGCCUUUAAGUUACUUUGUUUGAAGGUUCAAACUGAGAAAGGUUUUCCCAUAAUAAGUAUUCAAAGUGAUCAUGGAA